AUGGCGGAGCCGGAGCCGGAGUCGGAGCAGAUCCGCCUGAAGUGCGUCCGUAAGGAAGGCUUCUUCACGGUGCCUCCAGAACACAGGCUGGGCCGGUGCCGGAGCGUGAAGGAGUUUGAGAAGCUGAACCGCAUCGGGGAGGGCACCUACGGCAUUGUGUAUCGGGCCCGGGACACCCAGACGGAUGAGAUCGUGGCCCUGAAGAAAGUGCGGAUGGACAAGGAGAAGGAUGGGGUCCCCAUCAGCAGCCUCCGCGAGAUCACGCUGCUCCUCCGCCUCCGCCACCCAAACAUUGUGGAGCUGAAGGAGGUGGUGGUGGGCAACCACCUGGAGAGCAUCUUCCUGGUGAUGGGUUACUGUGAGCAGGACCUGGCCAGCCUCCUGGAGAACAUGCCGACGCCCUUCUCGGAGGCCCAGGUCAAGUGCAUCGUGCUGCAGGUGCUGCGGGGUCUCCAGUACCUGCACCAGAACCUCAUCAUCCACAGGGACCUGAAGGUUUCCAACCUGCUCAUGACCGAUAAGGGCUGCGUGAAGACAGCGGAUUUCGGCCUGGCCCGGGCCUAUGGCAUCCCCGUGAGACCAAUGACGCCCAAGGUGGUCACCCUGUGGUACCGAGCCCCGGAGCUGCUGCUGGGCACCACCACGCAGACCACCAGCAUCGACAUGUGGGCCAUGGGCUGCGUCCUGGCCGAGCUGCUGGCCCACAAGCCCCUGCUCCCGGGCACGUCGGAGAUCCACCAGGUGGACCUGAUCGUCCAGCUGCUGGGAACCCCCAGUGAGAACAUCUGGCCGGGCUUCUCGCGGCUGCCGCUGGUCAGCCAGUACAGCCUGCGGAAGCAGCCCUACAACAACCUCAAGCACCGCUUCCCGUGGCUGUCCGAGGCCGGCCUGCGCCUGCUGAACCUGCUCUUCAUGUACGACCCCACCAAGAGGGCGACGGCCGGGGACUGCCUGGAGAGCUCCUACUUCAAGGAGAAGCCCCUGCCCUGUGAGCCGGAGCUCAUGCCCACCUUCCCUCACCACCGCAACAAGCGGGCGGCUCCCGCCGUGUCCGAGAGCCAGAGCAAGCGCUGCAGGCCCUGA